AUGGCGGGUCCAUCCAAACGUAGCUGGGGCAGUGUGACGGUUUUGAGUGGCUGUAUCGUCCCUAAAGGCGAGGUUCCCGACGCCCCUGACGAAGCAGACGACUCCGGGUCAGACGACGAUGAGGACGGGGACAUGCAGUGGCUCGAUAUGGACGAGAUCGACGACGCGAACGCGGGCGUCUCUGUCGCUACCCCCAAACGCCUCUGCAACCAGCUUGUUCAUGUGAGGGACAAAUCUGGAAGACUCCACCGCGUCAAGGGGAGGUUCCCACUGCAGGACCCAUGGUGGGACCUCAGCGUGGAAUGUCGUUUCAGUGGAGGAAACACGUACCUCACGACCGGCUAUCCCGAGUACCGUCUCAACCAGAACCCUGACGUGAACAUGAUCCAACUCUUCCUAAAGAAAUGUGGGGUUCAAGAUAAGGACAGAGCAGCAUUCCACGAUGCACUACAGCUAGAACCACGGCUCCAGGAGAAGCCACCAAACUUUGAGAACCUGUGUGAAGUAGUGGAACAAUAUGGCUCCUUGAAUGAGACAGCAGAGGCGGUGGCAGCACAAAUUCUUCAAUGCAUAAACUCUAUGGGUAAAGAAGAGGCGCAGGCGAUGGUAGCUCCGACUUGGCUGCGCUAUGGUUCCAAGCUUCUUCCCAAGAGGUUCUACGGACUUCUGCUGUCUGAGAAAGAUAAGCUGAAAGUCUUGGAGACAGUGACUGCACAAGAGCCAUGGAAGCUUGGCUUUGGGCCGAUCAUGUACUGGAAGCACCGGUUCAUCGGCGUCGAGGCCACGCUGGACGCCUUCAAACACUGCAGCCUCCUGGAGAGGUUUCCGCCAACAGAGAAGGAUGCCAUCUACAUCUACGACUUCAUCAAGUCCAAGUGUCGUCGGGAGGGCCACACCUUCGUCUACGAGAAAUCCCUCCACCGACGGUCUUUUAGAGACCAUGACAUCGUAGACAGGGCCAGAGCCAUGCAGUUUCUUGUAGACAACAAGAUCACAGUCCAGCUAGAAGGGAAAGUUGCCUUGAAGAGGUACCAUGACUAUGAGAACAACAUCAGAGGUGGGAUUGACAAGCUUCUUGAGAAGGACAAGAUAAGCAAGUGGGUGAUAGACUCUGCCGAUCUGGAAGGAGAAUUCGGAGAAGACGAAGACCAGAAGAAGGCUGCUGAGCUAAUCUGCAGGAACCCUGUAACUGUCAUGUCCGGGAAAGGAGGGUGUGGGAAGACCUACGUGGUCAGCAAAGUCUUCAAAGUUGCACACGACCAGAUUCUCGCGGAGAUCGAGGCUGAACGUGAAGAUGAUGAGCGUCUGAAGAAGGCCCUAGACUCCAGUUUGAACAGUCUGUCUGGGCAAGAAGAUAGCCAGGAGGACCAGGAUUUUACUGAAUGUGAAAGCAUGCAAGACUGUACCCAAGCAGAAGCCGUAGCAAGUCCAUCUCCUCAGUCUACAAUCAGGAGUCAACUCAGACAGGCUGAGGAAGAGGAAACAGUCAGGAUCCUACUGACCGCUCCCACAGGAAAAGCCGCCCACCUUCUCGGCAAGCGCACAGGCCUGAAGGCUUACACUCUACACCAGGUUAUCUGGUCCUACAGGUAGGGAUGGAAAUCAUGG